AUGGUAUACUGCGGUAAGCCCUCGCGGGGCUGCCAGAUGUGCAGAGCCCGAAGGAUCAAGUGCGACGAGACCAAGCCCACUUGCAACCAGUGUGCCAAAUCCCGCAGGCAGUGUCCUGGCUACAAGGACGAGUUUGAUCUGGUCUUUCGAAAUGAAACCCAGGCCACCGAGAGACGAGCUCAAAGGGCCAACAAGAAGGCCCUCGCACAGAAACAGACUAAGGCCGCUGGCACGCAAGACACCAACACUGCCGCUUCUACCAAGCGAGCUCAGGACCAGGCUGUUCUAGCGACCCUCAAGCUCCCGGUCGACCAACAAGCUACCUGCCACUUCAUCUCCAAUUUUGUACUGCUGCCUCGUUAUGACAACACCCGUGGCUAUUUGGAGUUUGUUGUUCCGCUGCUCCAAGCAGAGAAACCUGCACCGCAUUUUAAGCUCGCCUUUGAUGCUUGCGCUAUCGCUUCUCUUGGAAACCGAGUAGGCUCUGGACGCGCCUUUGAGGGGCAAGCUCUGGGGCAUUACACUAAAGCACUCGCGUCGACUUUCGCCGCCUUGAGAGAUCCCGAGAUGGCCGUCGCGGAUUCCACCCUGGCGGCUAUCUUGAUGCUGGGUUUGUUCGAAAACAUCACUGCUAAACAGUUGGGUACACUAGCUUGGGGAUCCCAUACCGAGGGCGCCAUCCAGCUCGUCAAGGCGAGAGGCAAAGCCCAGUCGCGUACCAAGAUGGGCCUGGCCCUGUUCGUGGCUGUUCGAACCCAGAUGAUCAUUCAUACUUUGACCUCUGGCAAGGCACCUAUCAUGGGGGUGGAGUGGUGGAUCGGUGACGCUGUCAAGAAUCACUAUGGUUCUGAGUGUCAGAGACUCAACAUCCGCACAGCAGAGCUCAGGUCCGAGGUCAACCGAUUGAUGACAACGCUUGCCCGAAGCCCCGAAAACAUUGAACUGCUGCUCGACAUGAUCCGACGCUGCCAGACCGUUGAUCAACAGCACCUCAACUGGGCACGAGAACUACCCGAAUACUUCCGCUUCAAGUCAGUGGCCUGGGAGGACAACGUUCCUAAUGGUAAUUACGCCCUGGCCGAGGUCUUUCCCGGACGGGUAGAUGCGUACCAAGACCUAUGGGUCGCUAGUGUUUGGAAUAUGAUGCGGUGCUCGCGCAUCAUCCUGGCUUCGCUGAUUGUGCGCUGCGCCGCUUGGGUCUGCUCCCCGGUCGAUUACCGAACGACACCCGAGUAUGCGACCUCUGCGAGGACGUGCGUUGAUUUGAUCACGGACAUCAUUUCUUCAGUCCCUUAUCAACUGGGCUGGUUCUCUAAACGCAGGGAACUCCUCGAAAUGGACCACCUCUCAACAUUUGGAUGCGGAGAAGAAGAAGCGCUCAAGGGCUUGCCGGGGUACUUCCUCACCUGGCCACUCACAUGCAUCCAGGGGCAAGACUACACCACUGACGCCCAGCGGGCAUGGACCAAGGGUCGGCUUCAGUUCAUUGGCAACCACCUGGGCAUUAGGUAUGCCAACAUGUUAUACCAACUCAAUCUUCGGGUUCCUUCGAUGCUCAUCCGGCGGGAUGGCCUGAUGGCAAACCCGUACCCAAUGGCUCACAACUUCGAGAAGUUGGUGUCCGCAAGAUCCGCCCCGCCAAGCGAAGGUUACAAUAUGAAUCCAAUCCAACAGAGAGAGGCGAUGCAAAAGGCCCAGCUAGACCGAGAGAAGACCGACCUAGUUAUCAAAGCGAUGGGCUCUUCUGGUCAGCUCGAUGAGAAGGCGGUGGCGAGCUGGCUGCAUUUACGGAGUGCUGCUAUGGGGCCAUGA